GGUCACUUUCAGAGGGGAAAAAUGUUCGAUAAUUACCUUAAAGCGGAUGAAUGGUGGCAGAAGAAAGUGAUUCGGCCGUGUUUUGUGUGGUCGGUGAAUAUUUUCGUCGUCAUUUGUGUGUUGACACGACUACUCGUUUAUGGUGAACCUGUUCAGGAUUUCAAAUCACGAUCAUGGCAUGUGUUCCUGUCCAUUCGGAAUCGAGCUCGUGAAGAGGCAAACAAAGGGAACGUACGUGAAGCGCAGCGACAGUAUAUUGAGUGCCUUCAAAUUUUGGAGCGUCCAUUGCCUUCCGCUGGUGUCGAGCAAGCGCUUUCGGUGGUGUGGCAAAUUAUCCGCCAUACUUUGAACAGUCUAUGGAUUGGAAGAUGGUUUUCUCGUCGAAGAAGAGAUGCCGGCAAGCCGGUGACAGUGGUUUGUAAAAGUCAUGCUCAUACUGCAAUGAUCUAUCAUAAAAUGCAUCAGUUGCAUUUGUUGGGAAUCGACGAGACGAAUGAGGGUUUGUCCGGUCUCUACCUAGCUCUCUCGGCCGUGAAUCUUGCAGAAAGCGCCGGUGCAUCAACAGACGGUCUGCCAAGAAACGUUCUUGCCGAUAUUUUUAUUGCUGCUGCUAUAAGAACUCGGCUAUGUCUUCCACAUUUCCUGGCAUCUAUAUUUUCUCCAUACUUCUUUAAGAGAGCUAGAAGACAUGUACGAAGGGCUGAUGAGGACAGCGUGAACGGGUUACAUUGGAUUUUUCAUUCCCUGUCAAGGGAGUUCUUAUCCGACGCUGACAGGAUUCGAACGAUUCUCCGCAGCAAGAAGUUCUCAUUCGUUCCAAUGGUCAGCGACUGUGAUGGUUCGUCUCUUUUUUCAUUGCGUUUAGACUGCGCGACAUCCCUUACCGAUGGUGAUGCUAUGUGCACUUGGUGGACUCAUGUGUUGACCUGUGCUGUCUUUUGGAAACAAGGACUGCUCGAAAAGGCCAAACAACACUACUCGAUUGUACGCCGCUGUCCUGAUGAGCUUCUGAGCAACCCACUUGCACUUGCUGUAGGACAUGCUUUCUGUGCUCGGAAGUUAUGCGUUGACGACAGAGAAAAUGCCAAUUUUGGAAAGUUUGUCUUCAUUCACGCAAGAAAAGCACUGGACGAAUUAAGGACGAUCUGCAUUGAAGAAGACACGUUGCGCUGCUUGGCGUACGAGUGGGUGAUGUCGUCGUUGUUGAACGCAUGGCUUGAGGACCUCGUGCCAGAAAUCCCCUACUGGCGUCAGUACGCGAAAACCGACUAUCACACUUUGUAUGAAGAAGCCUGUAAUCACUACACUCGCAUUCAAUUGCAUGGCGGUUGUGAACGAGGCAGUCGACUUGCUGCUUACCAGUUGACCUCUAGGAUGUUGAACGGGGCCAAUCCACUCUACACUUGGGCAGCGGUGUGCUGCAUACGCAAGGAGCGAUCUGAUGCAGUCAGUGGUCCUGUCAAAUAUGGCCGUGCUCAUCAACCUGAUCGAUUCCAUCUACACGUGUUAUGCAAAUUACAUGAGAAUCUUCCACGAAUAGGUGAAAGGAUCAAGUAA